CCACUGCACUACACCUUCGCUUAAUCAAUACCAUCACCAGUUUCGCGAGCGGCUCUCUGACGUGGAGAAUGCUCUACGACGCGUCGUGAUACUCUUUCGUGCUGAGAUUCAUUGGUCCACGGGCAGAUCGAGCAAAGGCGCACUCGUUCCGCCACGCCAGGCGGUGUGAGGAGCACAACGACCGAGAUAUACGACCAUCGCACGUUCUCUACAUACCGACGAUCGACUAUCACGCGCGAAAAUGGCUCUGAAGGCGCGCCAUCCAGAACUGAGCCUACCAUCGCCCACGAAAAUCAGAAACACCCCACCACCGCAUAAAGGGUACAGCAUAGCGGAGGGCGCUGUGUGCGCCAGUCCAGGAGCUUUCACAGCGUCUUCGCCCAAGAGGAGAACCACAUGGCCGCCUAGCGACCAGCAGAGUAUUGGCGAAGCGCUUCGUCUCGCCGUUGAGCGACACCAGCUCGGCCUCUCGCUAAACUAUGUGCUUUUGCUUGGCAUGACUUUCGCGCUCUUUCCUUCACUGAGACACAACAUCAAGGCCUGCUUCCUGCUGUCCUACCCGACGACUGAUGUACCAGGUCAGUAUGGUAUCGGACCAAGGGAUAUAUAUCUGGUGGCUAGCUUCAUCAUAUACUUCACGGGAUUCCGUGCAUUUAUGAUGGACUGUGCCUUGAUACCUCUGGCAGGAUACUGUGGUCUGCGGAGGAAAGCUAAAACCAGAUUCGCAGAGCAAGCAUACAUGCUGGUCUAUUAUGUCAUCUACUGGUUCUGGGGCCUGGCACUAUUUGUUCGAGACACGCCUGCCGAUGUCCAUAGCCUCGAGGAUUUGUUAGUGUCUCUCUGGACUAACUUCCCACGUCUUCUUAUGCCUGGAGGCAUCAAAAUGUACUACUUGACCCAAUCUGCUUUCUGGUUCCAGCAGAUUCUUGUAAUUCAUCUGGAGGAAAGACGGAGGGACCACUACCAGAUGCUUACGCAUCACUUCGUCACCGUUGGCCUUAUGGUCGGCAGUUACUGCUACCGACAAUACCGAGUUGGAUGUGCUAUUCUGGUAUGCAUGGACAUCGUUGACCUUGUCCUCCCGCUUGCCAAGAUCCUGCGUUACCUGGGCAUGCAGACCGCUUGCGACUGCGCAUUCGGCGUGUUUGUUCUCACCUGGAUAGUCGCCCGGCAUGUGGCGUAUAAUACAAUCUGCUGGAGCAUUUACGCACAUGUCAACUCGAAAGCGAUGCCUUAUGGCGUAUACUCCACCGUAACCGGUCAAAGAUUAUCUGCAGAUGGCGGCAGUAAGAUCCUUCAAAGUCUGCUCCAGCCUAUGUUGGAUCCGGGCGCCACGACGAUUGCUUUCAAUGCCAACAUUAGAUGGUCGUUCUUGAGCUUGCUCUCAGCUCUGCAAGUCAUCACCAUUGGCUGGCUUAUAAUGAUAAUUCGCGUAGUGGCGAGAGUGCUUAGCGGUCAAGGCGCGGACGACUCACGAAGUGACGAUGAAGACGAAGAUGAGGACGAAGAGAUCGAAAAUGGCCCAUCACAGCCUUCUGAGCCUAUCAGAGCACCAGAAGAGGUGGAGAAGCCUCAAUUUAUCGAGGUCGAGACAACGAGUGAGGAGCUGUCUUGGUCAACACGCAAGGCCAGCUCAGUCAACAGUCAUCGCAAGAAGCCAAAAGGUAUUUCUAGCGGUCUGAACCUUGGCGAGCACAAGGAGAUUCUUAAUAGGAUAGGGUGCUUGAGCGAGGAGCAAUUGGCUCGAGAGCGGGAGAAGCGCGAAGACAGUGCCAGCCCGCGCCCUCACAGUGCUAGCCUUAGAUGAGGCCUUUCUAGACAUUCACUGAGUGGGUGGUCGCCAGGCGUUACUCGGAUACCUGUACGAUUGAUCAACAGACUGCUGUGAUGAGCCGCAGUGUCGACCUAGAAUAUACCCAAGAAAGCGCAUCGGUAUUGAAAAGUGAAAAGUAUUUCGGAGC